CAGUUUUCUGGAAGCAUGAAUUUUGUGAGAGAAAUGAUUGUGUUUUUUUCUUCUCAGAAUGAGGGAGGGUUAAUAAUCAAAUCAUCCUCUGCGUGAGAAUGGGAAGAGCCACGAGGUUUCUCAAAGAACUGUUCGGAAUGAAGAGAAGAAUUAAAGACGACAGUUCCAAUGGCGUCGACAAAAAGGAGGAGAAGAAGAAAAAAUGGGCCUUUGUCAAACCCGGGAAGGUUUCGUCCGGGUCGGGUCGGAUCCCGCCGGAUUUCGCCUGGCCGUCCUCGUUGGAGCAGAGCAAGCACGCAAUUGUGGUGGCGGCGGCGACGGCAGCCGCCGCCGACGCUGCGGUUGCCGCCGCCAGGGCGGCGGCCGCCGCCGUGGCGAGGCUGACAGGUCACGGCGGAGAAGCUCGGUUUGCCGCCGCCGUCAAGAUUCAGACAGUUUUCCGUGGAUUUCUGGCCCGAAAAGCCCUUCGGGCCCUGAAAGCCCUGGUAAAGCUGCAGGCCGCCGUCCGUGGCUACAUCGUACGGAAACGCGCCGCCGCGACCCUGCACAGUAUGCAGGCCCUGAUUCGGGCUCAGGCAUCCAUCCGGGCCCGACGCGUGUCCAACACCCAACCCGAAGUAGCAGACAUCAAAACCAGCAACAAUUUUCACAGCAAACGUCUGGAUCCAGGCCAAAUCGAGAUCCCGAAAAUUGUCAGAAUCGACACCUGUAAAUCCCGGAGGAUGAGCGGCGCCGGAAAUGUCGCCGCCGGCGAUCACCAUUACUGCUACAACACAAUGUCGUCCCCGCUGCCCUGUCCCGUCCCGACAUCGGCAUUAUCAGAUUGUCACUGGGAAUUUGACUCCUACAAGUUCGCGACAGCACAGAGCACGCCGAGAUUGUCUCAGUCGGACAGGAUCGUCAUCAAUUCUCCGAUCACCGAGAGCUUGUUGAAUUAUAAUUACCCUAAUUACAUGUCUAAUACGGCGUCGUUUCGGGCGAAGGUUAGGUCUCAGAGUGCACCAAGACAGAGGCUUUUGGGGAAUGAAGCAAUGGGAAGAAGAAGCAGUUUCAGUGCUGUAAGAAUGCAGCACCAAAUGCAAAUGCAAAUGCAAUUUCAUCAAGUUCAGUAAUCAAUUAAUUAAAAUUUUCACGAUUUCUUACAGUAUUGGAUCUGUAACUGUAAAUUCAUUUUUG